AAAUGAUCGAUUGAUUGAAAGUAGUUUGGUUUUUCGGUUUUAUUAUUUAAAAAAUAUAUAAUAUGUGUGUAAAUAAAAAGUAAAAACUUUCUUCUUCUUCUUUGCUUCUUUUGUUUGCUACUCAAAUUUCAGUCAACAAUUUUUCAUUUCCUUAAUUCCAAUUCCGAAUUUGUUUUCAAAAGAAUAUGUCCGAUUCUGAUGUUAUUCAAGCAUCCGGUGCUAUUGAACCACCGUUAGUCGGAAAUAAUGAUCAACAACAACAACAACAGCAACAACAACCACAAACAUGGUCAACGAUUAAAAAUUUAGUAAUGCGUGCAUUAUUUUUCUAUUUUAUUAUGUCAAUGUUUCGUAAAUCACCAACAAAAACACCAACAACAACCGAUUCAAUUAAUGGUAAUGAUAAUUUACCCAUAAUUGGUUCAAAUCUUUAUCCAAAUGGUACACAUAUGGAUCUUUUCCUAUAUAUUAAUGAAGAUCGAUAUGGUCCGGAUUUUGAUGAUUCUAGUCAAUUAGUUUGGUUUAAAUCGGAUAUUAUUUAUGGUGAUUGGACCGGUGGUCCUACCGGUAAUGGUGAAUAUUUCGAAGAAGUCAAUGUAAAAUUAUCGAAAAAUGUUCAAAAUAAUGGUACAUUAUGGUUGCAUAUAUUUAUUGUACCGAAUGGUGCAAAUCCAAAUCCACAGGAUAAAAAAAAUUAUAAUCCAAUGUAUACUAUACAAAAAACUAAACAACUAAAUCGUUAUAAAAAACGUUCAUAUAAAAAAACGCACAAUCUAUUGACCGGACAAACUGCCGCAACUGAAGAGGAAAAAGCUAAAAUUAAACAAAAUAUUCGUCAUGAAAUCCUAUCGCAUUGGCAUCCAAAUCUUACCAUUAAUGUUAUUGAUGAUCAUACACCGUGGACACGUGGCCAAGUACCGGCACCAUUACAAGAAUAUAUUGAAUUUGAACCGAUAAGUGGAAAAUAUUAUCCAAUUAUUUAUCUAAAUGAUUAUUGGAAUUUAAUGCGUGAUUAUCAACCGAUUAAUGAAACAGUCACCAAUAUUACUUUCCGAUUUACAUAUCAACCAUUAUCAUUAUUUAAAUGGCAAAUGUAUACAGCACAAUCUAUGCGUAAUAAAUGGACAUCCAUUAUGGGACAUGAUACUAAUGAACAAGAUGAUGAUGAACAAGAUAUAUUGAAAGAAACUUUCCUAGAAACAUCACCAAUAUUACUUGGUUUAACUGUUAUUGUUUCAAUAACACAUUCAAUAUUUGAAUUUCUUGCAUUCAAAAAUGAUAUACAAUUUUGGCGUAAUCGUCGUUCAUUGGAAGGUCUUUCAGUUCGUUCCGUAUUCUUCAAUGUAUUUCAAUCAUUAAUCGUAUUACUUUAUGUAUGCGAUAAUGAUACAAAUUUUAUGAUUCGUAUUAGCGUUUUGAUCGGUCUAGUUAUUGAACUGUGGAAGAUAAAAAAAGUUGUAGAUUUUGAAAGGGUUGGUGAGGAAAAAUAUUUUGGUCUAAUACCUAAAUAUCGUAUUACGGAUAAAGGAUCUUAUGUUGAAUCAUCAACCAAACAAUAUGAUAUGCUUGCAUUCAAAUAUCUAUCAUGGAUUCUGUUUCCAUUAUUUGUUGGUUAUGUUAUUUAUUCAUUAAUCUAUAAUGAACAUAAAGGAUGGUAUUCAUUUGUAUUGAAUAUGAUUUAUGGAUUUUUACUUACAUUCGGUUUUAUAAUGAUGACACCACAAUUGUUUAUAAAUUAUAAACUAAAAUCCGUUGCUCAUCUACCAUGGCGAAUGUUAACAUAUAAAUUUUUAAAUACAUUUAUUGAUGAUAUAUUUGCAUUUGUUAUAAAAAUGCCAACAAUGUAUCGUUUAGGUUGUUUUCGUGAUGAUAUUAUAUUUCUUAUAUAUGUUUAUCAACGAUGGAUUUAUCGUGUUGAUCAAAGUCGUAUUAAUGAAUUUGGUGUUAGUGGUGAAGAAUUGGCUCAAUCUGAACAACAACAGCAGCAACCACAACAGCAACUACAACAACCAACAAUAUCCGAAGCUAUCGAACAAAAUGGUAAUGUUCAAUCCGGUGGUGAUACCAAUAAAGUCGAUGAUGAAGAUGCGGAUUCCGAAUCCAAGAAAGAUAAAUGAUCCUUGAUGAACUAACUAACCAACCAACCAAACAUUUCAAAUGUCCAAUAUAUAUGAAAUUCGAGUCUACUUUUCAAUUUGUUUUUCAAAUUUUCCCAUCUCUCUCUCUCUCUCUCUCUCUCUCUCUCUUAGAGU